GAAUACCCUCGACCCACGGUGCACGGCGGCUGCAGUUGAAGACUUGGCGAAAUAUCAUCAUGACCCUGUUGGUGUUACUUCUUGCUGGGCUGGUACCAGCAUCACUUGGCAGCAUCUGUUGCCCCCCUGAACAGUGGGAGGCGUACCAGUUCAUCAGCCGCGUCGACUCCAACGGCGGAUACGAGGGCCUGCAGGCUGUGUCCUAUGACGCUGUAAGCAGAAGGUACGCGGUCUUCGGUAACUACACCGAGGGUCAGUACGCCGACUUCAAAGUCAUCUACGACUACGCGGCGGGAGUUGAAUACCGCAUUACCCCCGGGAGUAGAUCGUGCGAGACAAUCGCCAUAACGGAAAAGUUCAAGGAUACAUGUGUCCCAGAUGGUGCCGCUCUGAUGGGACCCUUCACCUUCGGCUUAGGUAGGACGACCCUUGACACCCGGGGAUACAGAUACUCCACCAAAAACAAAGGCGUCACCACUGACGUCACCAUGGUCGUACAACGUGAUAGAUGUGUACCCGUCAUCAUAAACACAAUCACCGCGGCCAGUACUGGUGACUCCUUAGUAUCUAUCGGCUACAAUAACAUGAGCCCCGGCAUCAGGGACGUCACUGUCUUCUCCCCUCCGGCAUACUGUGGGAAGGUAAAACAGAUGUAACGACAUCAUCCAGGGAGGAAAGAACACCUUUCAGAACCCUCAACAGAGAUUCAACGUUGUUCACUUUUAAGUCAACCUCAUAUAUUUGACGUUUCUGGUGUCCCCCGCCGUGAUAUUGCUAGAAUAAUGCUUUAAGCGGCGUAAAACCCUACUCACUCAAUCAUAUAUUUUACAAGAGCCGAUUCCUCUUUUGUGUUGGUCAGUUUAUGUGCAAAUAUAUUUCAGUGGUUUUGUAUCCCUUUCUGUGAAAGUUAAAAGGUUUCUUUUCUACUUAAAAUUAAGGAUGAAGUAAAUCUCCAAGUCAAACGAAAUGUGUGAACUUCUGUAUUUAGUCUAACUUCUGUGUCAUAACGGUGCACGCCAUCAAAUAAAAACAUUUAUUCAAA